UCUACGUGGACCGGUGCCGAAGCCUCCCACUCCACUGCCAGGACCUGUGCCAAAGCCAGAGACAUGGCGACGAACGGCACCAAGACGGAGGGCGGACAGGUCACAGAGCUGAACGACGUGGCCACCAACAACGAGCGGCCCGAGUCACUGGAGGUGCGCGGCGCCGCCGCCGCCGCCGUCACGCAGCAGCAGCAGCAGCCGCCGGCGUUACCCGAGAGAGAAACGUGGGGAGGGAGAUUUGACUUCCUCCUGUCGUGUGUGGGUUACGCAAUUGGACUGGGCAACGUGUGGAGGUUCCCCUAUCUCUGUGGAAAGAACGGUGGAGGAGCCUUCUUGAUUCCCUAUUUUUUGACUCUCAUAUUUGCUGGGAUGCCCUUGUUCCUCCUGGAGACCUCCCUGGGUCAAUACACCUCCAUUGGAGGGCUCGGUGUGUGGAAACUGGCUCCAAUGUUUAAAGGUGUGGGCAUGGCAGCAGCCGUCCUGUCCUUCUGGCUUAACAUUUACUACAUUGUCAUCAUCUCUUGGGCCAUUUACUACCUGUACAACUCCUUCACCACUGAACUUCCAUGGAGCUCAUGUAACAACGUGUGGAACACAGAGAAAUGUUACACCAACCACUCCAUUCUCGACACCACCAACCUCACCAGUUCGGUGGUGGAGUUUUGGGAGCGCAACAUGCACGAAAUGACCGACGGCCUGGAAAAACCAGGCACGAUUCGACUGCCGCUGGCGAUAACGCUGGCCGUCGCCUGGGUCCUGGUGUACUUCUGCAUCUGGAAAGGGGUUGGCUGGACAGGGAAGGUCGUCUACUUCUCGGCCACGUACCCCUACUUCAUGCUGUUUAUUCUCUUCAUCCGCGGCGUGACUCUCCCCGGAGCGGUGGACGGAAUCCUGUUCUACAUCACCCCCAACUUCCAAAAACUCAAAGAAUCGGAGGUAUGGCUGGAUGCAGCUACCCAGAUCUUUUUUUCCUACGGAUUGGGAUUGGGGUCACUUAUAGCUCUGGGCAGCUAUAACCCGUUCAACAACAACGUGUACAAAGACUCCAUCAUCGUGUGCUGCAUCAACUCGUGCACCAGCAUGUUCGCCGGCUUCGUGAUCUUCUCCAUCAUCGGCUUCAUGUCGCACGUGACGAAGAGACCCAUCGCCGACGUCGCGGCUUCGGGUCCCGGCUUAGCUUUCCUGGCCUACCCGGAGGCCGUCGCCCAGUUGCCCGUGUCUCCUCUCUGGGCCAUUCUGUUCUUCUCCAUGCUGCUCAUGCUGGGGAUAGACAGCCAGUUCUGCACCGUGGAAGGCUUCAUCACCGCCCUGAUGGACGAGUUCCCCAAAGUUCUCAGGGGCCGACGAGAGAUCUUCAUCGCGGUCGUCUGUCUGGUGUCGUAUGUGAUCGGACUUUCAAACAUCACGCAGGGCGGAAUCUACGUGUUCAAGCUGUUCGACUACUACUCUGCCAGUGGGAUGUGUCUGCUGUUCUUGGUCUUCUUUGAAUGCAUCUCCAUAUCCUGGUUCUACGGUGUGGACAAGUUCUACGACAACAUCCAGGAGAUGAUUGGCUACAGGCCCUGCAUCUGGUGGAAGAUGUGCUGGGUGGUGUUCACCCCGCUCAUCGUCGGCGGCGUGUUCCUGUUCAGCGCCAUUCAAAUGGUUCCUCUGAAAAUGGGAGACUAUGUGUUCCCGGGCUGGGGUCAGGGAGUGGGCUGGCUCAUGGCGCUGUCCUCCAUGGUUCUCAUACCGGGAUACAUGAUCUACAUGUAUCUGGGCCUCAAGGGCACGUACAAAGAGCGUCUUCAGAUCAUGCUCAGGCCUCCUGCGGUCGUCAGGCGAGCUGUGGAGAACGUACCCGAGCAGCAGGCGGAGACCGACGCGGCGAAGCUAUCCAGCCCCGCGGACCCCGCCAGCCCCGCCGCCAGCCCCGCCGGCCCGGCUCCGGUCAUCGCCGCCGCCGCCGCCAGCCCCGUAAACCCCGCUAACCCGGCUCCUGCGCCAGCUAAUCCAGUCGCCGCCGCAGCUAGCGCCGUUAGCCCAGUGACCCAGGCUACUAGUCCCGCCCCCAACAUCACCAUCACCACCACCAGCAGCAGCACCGCCACCACGGCGAGUCCGGCGAACCCCGCCACGACAACUGUUAGCCCGACCGGCCCGCCGCCCAACCCGGCGAGCCCAGCGGCGCCCGCGAACCCAACCAGCCCGACCUCUAACCUGACCAACGCCGAGGCCAACGUGUAGAUAUCAAAAAAACCCUCGUGGAGCAUGUCGACAAAAGAGAACAUUACAAAAAGGACUUCCACGAUUUUAAUUGAUUCACCUACCUCCAGGGGCAACAUGUCAAAAAAAACAGAUUUUCGAACCACGUGUAAUUUUUCUGCAUUUGUAAAAAAAAAAAACGAGCCAACGAUGUCUUAUCGUUGGUUUGCGUUCCGAAAACAAUAUCAAAGACUGUUAGCGUUCACGAAUACAAGCGUAAAUCUGAAUUGAGAAGAGAGAAAAAAGAAAAAAAGUUUAAACAUACUGUGUAAUACUGUGAGAAAAGAAGAAAAAAUACAUAGAGAUAUAGGUUAGAGAUGUGUUGAAUAUCUUCAUGGAUCAAGUAAAUACCGCGUGAAUAUAGUAGAUGAAGUAGUGAGCGAAAUUGACGUUGUUUCAAGAGCGCGAGGGACGGCGUCGAUUUUUAUUGUGGAUGUUUACUAAACCUCACACAGUUUGUCUCUUUUCCAAAACGUUGCACUCUGGGAGGUAAACUACCGGCCGCGAGCACAACGCCAAUAACAACUUCAUGUUUAGGAGCUCUGGUGCAAAAAUAUGUUGUGUGUGUGAGAGAGACUGUUAUUUUUCCUUCCCUUUUUUUUCAGUAAAAAAAAGGGAAACAAACUUUUAUGUGAUCGAUAAAAAAACAAACAUUUUUAGAAUAAUUUUUAGGAUGUUUUAUACUAUACGUGUUGUGACGGAGGACCAAAAUCAAUAGGCAGACAAAAGCAAAAACUACGCCGUUUAGUGUUUAAAGGUUGGCAAAAAGCACAGGGUACAAAAGACGUACUAGAAGAGUUUAAAAAAAUAAAAGAAGAAGAAGAAGAAAGCACAGGGUUAGGAAGGUGGCUUACAAACAUCGACUAUCCCAUAAUGCCGACAGUCAAUCCUGUUUACGUUCUUGCAUGCUUUCCUCAGGAAAAGAUUUCCGAAAUGUCUCCUGACAAAAAAAAAUAAAAAGAAGAGGAACAGAGACGGCCUUAAGCCAAUUACAACCCAUUCCAGCUCAGCCAUAGUCUGUUUACAUGACUGGCCACGGGUACAAAACACCACUUUGUACGCGAGCACCAAUAAAACCUGGACCAAACUCUGCGUUUACGUCGUUAUCCGUACCUUUUUUCGUUUUUUUUAAACGUGUGACGAUCAAUUAUAUCGUUGGAUCAAUAUGUAUUGAGCAAUACAUAUGUAGACGUGUACGUUUUUAUUUUUUGUUUGCGUCGUCUUUUGCUUUACUUUCGUGAAAAGCACAAAGCUUUACGUUAUUUCGCCCCGCGGAACUUUGCCACUUUUUAGGACGACGCUAGUUUGCGUCUACGGCAGCUCCUGUGGGAAAAAAAGAAUUAAAAAAGGCAUCUGACGCGACACAAUGUUUACUCCCGAAAAAGCAAAACAACCCAGUGUAAAAAUGUGAAGAAUGGCUACAGUUCAUGUCCUGUGACAACAUUUUUGUAUAAAGUUACUCUGCCGCAGUUUUCUCUGGAACUUUGUUGUAAAACUGUACCGUGUGAAACAUGUAAACUGUGAAUGUCCGUAAUACUUUGGAAGUUAUUGUCUAAAUGUUGAAAAAAUGGA